AUGCUAUUGUUCUUUCCAAUCGUGCCUGCGCUCAAGUUGCUCGGCCUAUUUGCAUAUUUUGUCGUGUCAUCUGUGUACAUUGCGAGUUGUGGAAACCUCUCAGCGGCGCAGCUGAAGGCUACAAUGCAUGGACCCCGCUAUGCAGAUACGAGCAGCAAUGCGACGGAUCCGAACCUGAUGAAGUACCUCUUUGCUUACAACAUCUUCGGCAUCUUCUGGACACAGCAACUGAUUGAAGCAAUCGCUGUGUGCACGAUUUCGGGCGCAAUUUGUCGCUACUACUGGUGUGACAACGAUCGCCGCCAUGAUCUUGGCUGGGCUGUCGGAGCGUCAGCGUACUACUCGGUGCGAUACCAUUUCGGGACGCUGGUCUUUGGCGCCGGCAUUCUCGCGGUCGUGCAAUUUCUCCGUGUUCUUCUUGAAUACAUCGACCGCCAGACCCAAGGAACACAAAACAAGGCUGUGCAGAUUGUCGUGUGCUGCUGUCGCUGCUGCCUCUACUGCCUCCAUAAAGUUGUCAAGUUCCUGAGCUCGAAUGGAUACAUCUUGGUCGCAAUGAAAGGCGGCUCAUUUUGCCACGCGAUCGUCGACGCAUUCAACCUCGUGGCCGCCAACCUCGGCCGCAUUGGUACGCAAAGCAUCGUCGCUACCUACGUCUUGUUCAUGGGAAAGCUGCUCAUCACGGCCGUGUGCGUUAUCGGUAUGUACGCCUUUGAGGCGUCACACGCAUCGUUGCACCUCACAAGCCCGUUCCCGCCGCUCAUCGCGACAGGUCUUUUGGCUUACGCGAUCUCGUGCCUCUUUCUUGGAGUUUUCGACGUCGCGAUCCACACGGUUCUCCUCAGCGUUUGUGAGGACGAGAAAUAAACCGCAGUACGGGCCAGUACUACGCAACGCCAGAAGUACGCUCCUUCUUGGACGACUCGGCCAAGUUUGCUUUCAAGCACCACCUGCCCGACGGUCAAGAUGCAUCGGUGUAACAAGAUCGACG